AUGGCCGUCGGCAGGAUCGGGGAGUAUCGUCUGGGCACAAACGCGUUAUGGGACGAAUACGUCGAGAGGCUCAAAAUGUUCUGCGAAGCUAAUGAGAUAGCGAAAGCAGAACAGAAAGGAGCCGUCCUGCCGAGUUGUUGCUGCGAAGAAGCGUACGGGCUCAUCAUGACUCUGGUGAAGCCAUCAAGACCAACAGCAGCAACCUACGAGGAAAUUAAGACGGCGGUUCGCACUUACCUGCAUCCAAGGCCUUUAGAGCUAUACGCAAGGUUUUUGUUCUACAAGAGAAACCAGGCUGCCGAGGAAUCGGUUGCGGACUACGUCACGGCGCUUCGGAAGCUAGCCGAAGACUGCGCUUUUGGCGACGAGCAGCUCCCGUUGGACAUCAUGAUGCGAGAUCGUUUCGUAUGCGGCUUCCAGAACGAAGCAGUUCAACAGCGACUUCUCGCAGAGCACGACCUUAUGUUCAACUUUGCGUACGACAUAGCCGCGACCGCAGAGGUGACAGCCAAGCAACAGCGAGACAUACGGAUGCAAGGCCGAGACGAGGUGAAGGACUGCCAGGGCAUGAUACAAGCAACCCGCACGAAGGACCUUCCUGGCUUCAACGGACAGCCAAUUCACAUCGAACUGAAAGACGACGCCCAACCAGUGUUUUUCAAAAGUCGACCAGUUCCACUGGCCCUCAAGGACGACGUGGGCAAGGAAGUGGAUCGCUUGGUGCAACAAGGGGUAUGGGAACCCGUCGCGUACUCCAACUGGGCCACACCACUGGUAGUGGCACCGGAACCAGUUGAGGAGCGCCUGGACGAGGCUCGAAGCCGGUCCAGUCUCAAGUGCAGACUACCACGUCAGGCUGCCUCCUACAGCCAGACGACCACAACAGCUGCCGGUCAGCAUGGAAGCAGCCGCAGGGGCAAGUCCGGGCCAAGCUACCCAAGACCCGGUCAAGCCGCGAAGAUCAACAUGCGUUAG